AUUUUUUUAACUGUUGGUAAAAUAUAAUGUUAAAAUCGUAAAUAAAUACAGAAACUUAUACAUUAAAUAUAAAAACAGUUUAUCAAUGCAAUAUGGCAAACCAUAGUUGACUAAUGAAUAUGUAAUGUAACAUCAAAAUAGAAAUUUCGCGAGACAAAUCCAAUUGUUUAAAUACAUAACCUUAAAAAAUGUAUAAUAUUUUUAAAAAUGAAUACCCUCUGUCUCUUCGAACGCUUGAAAGCGACUGCUACAGACGUUUGCUGCAAUUGCCUACUAUAUACAUACUCUUUAGUUGAGUUAUAUUUCACGCAAACUUAAAGUAGCCUCAAUUUUAUGAUCGACUUCUUAUAAUAAAUAACAUUUUUCAAUCAUAAAAUUAUUAGAUGUAGUAAUACAUAUUUAUGUAUUCAAUUAAGUAAGUUUAAUCCUACAUAGCUCUAACAGCGUGUUUAAUUUACUGUUAGGUUAUGUCACGUUAUGUAUAUGUAAGAAUUGUAGCUUCUUUCAAAUAUAUAGUGAUCGAACAAAAACAAUUUAUAGAACAAAGAAUCUAGCGAUUAAGUGAAAUGACCGGCGAAAGUCAUUGCAUGUAUUUUGUGAAAAGAAAAAAACGUUAUUGUCGUAUGAUAGUGAAGGAAGGAAAGAAGUAUUGCGGCGAACAUCAACCAGUUUCAGUAGAAUUUAAUCAUUCUGAUAAAGAAGGGUCUGAAAAUAAACGAAUAAAAUGUCCACUUGAUCCGACACAUACAUGUUAUGAGUCCAAGCUAACUAAACAUUUGAAAGUAUGCAAUGCAAAACGCUUGAUUGAUGCACAACCAUCAUUUAUCGUAAAAGGAAUUAAUGCUAAUAAGACUUACGAAGCACCACGACACAUACCACUCUCUGAAUUAAAUGACCUUAUAAUAAAUACAGUUAUAGACAAAGUAAAAACUGUUCACGAAAAGUUACCCCAAUUUCAUAAAAUAGUAUUGGAACAUCCAAUACUUAAAGAUAAAAUAAAUAAUAAUUCUUGUGGAAAAACUAUUAAGAAACAUCUCUUACAAAAUUCAUCAUUAUUAUCACACUUGGAACGUGUAAAUCUUAUAAAAGACAAUACAUGCUUUAUUGAAUUUGGAGCAGGAAGGGGUAAACUAAGUUAUUGGUUGGGCCAAAUAGUGAAACAUAAAAAAGACUGUUGUAUUUUAUUAGUAGACCGUUCAAGUCACAGACAUAAGAGUGAUAAUAAAUUGAAAAAUGAACAAUCUUCUCUCUUAAUAGAAAGAAUACGUGCUGACAUUGCUGACUUAAAACUGAAUGAUAUAACAGGAAUUAAAAAAUUUGAACGUAAAGUUGGUAUUGCAAAACAUUUGUGUGGAGCAGCUACAGAUUUAACUCUAAGUUGCUUAGUUCAAGCAAUGCAAAAUGAACCUAAAUGCAAUGUCACUGGUAUAAUCAUUGCAUUUUGUUGCCAUCACAGAUGUGAAUAUGCAUCAUAUGUUGGGAAAGAAUAUUUAGAACAAUCUGGAUUUACAGCAAAUGAAUUUACAAUUUUAUGUAGCAUUGCUAGCUGGGCAACUUGUGGCUCUGAUCUAAACAAGGCAAUUAAUACUCCAGGGACUCAAAAUGAUUCAGGAGAGACAAGAACAAACAUAAAAACUUUAACCUCAAGUGAAAAAGAACAGAUCGGCCGAAAAGUAAAUUCAUUAUUGAAUUGGGGUCGCUUGGAGUAUUUAAAAAAAUUUGGAUUUCAAGCCAAUCUAAUUUAUUAUACCACUACCGAUGUAUCACUAGAAAAUAUGUGCAUCGUGGCUACAAAAGAUGAAAUAUAAUAAUGAAUUAAUAUAAACUAAUAACAUGAAAUAAAUGGUUUAACUUUAAUUUAAAUAAACUUUUAUUAUAACAAAA